AUGAAAACAUUCUUUCGUUCAUUUCAGCACCAAUUUAGGAGCAUCGUAGCUCAAAGCCCGUCUGCAACUUCUGGUGGUCCCGGCACAGGUUUCCAUCCUGGCCGCAAUUUCUAUCAAGGAUAUCACGGCUACGGACGCGCUUUUACUCAAGCCAACAACAACUCAAACGACGACGAAGAAGGCCGCUCUCCUUCGCAGGCUUAUAGGAAUAAACUUUCUAGACGCCAGAGCGUUAGCAACUCAUCGCGUGGCGAAGUCGUUAGGGCUAUUCGUGAUCAGCGUCGAAAUAUCACCACACAAAGUGUUCAUCCGGCUCAGAUUGAGCAAAGCGGGCGCCCUAGGAGUAAUUCAACGACUUCUGUAGAAAAUGUUAAAAGCGGUAUAGAAGAUGCAGCUGAUCAUAUUUCCCCGCCACAGAAUACUCAUGACUUGCACAAUCUUCAACUCGGUAACACACAAUCUGAACUCGGUAACGAACUCAUCUCACGUAUUAGCGCGGCUAAAGACUCUAAUGACUUUUAUGCGGUUAAACGGAUUGUUAGCUCAGUAUACACGGUCACUGAUCCAACCGUCGAAUUAUGGGACACUGCUCUUGAAGCCCUCUGCGUCACCCGUCCUGACUCUUUCACUGUUGAUGAUGCUGUCUCUUUCUACAAUGACAUGAUAGCUAGGGAUCUCAAGCCCACAGCGAAUACUUACGCCAAUCUGAUCACUAUCUUGUGUCUCAGGGAUAACUUUGUUCACAACAACCUCAGCUCCAUCAAUGCUCGUAAGCUUUUAGACCCUUCGCUCGAGGCUGAAGCUCAAGCACUCGAAUCGGAACAAAACUUCAAGAUUGCCAUGUCUAUCUUCAAUAUGGCCGUUAGACUUGAUCUACUCCCUGGACGCGUUCACACAUACAAUUGGCUUCUCAUGGCUUGCAAGCAUCACAGAGAUAUCGACACAGCUAUUAAUGUUUUCUCAAUUAUGGAAUCUCACCCUAAGAUCAAGUCCCAACACUGCACAUACGCAAUUAUGAUCGAUCUUUACGGCUCUGUUGCUGAUUUGGAAGGUGCUACUGUUAUUUUCGAAGAUUACGUCAAUGGUUUGAACUCACACAAGAUCGACAACAAGCCUUCAUUUGCUACCCUCCCACUCAAUAAAUCUUCAACGGUAUACAAUUCAAUGAUCUCUACAAACUUUAGCUGCAACGAGCCACUCGGAGGUGUCGAGGUAUUCCAAACUAUGCUCGAGUCAUCACUUAGGCUUCGUCCGGACACUGUAGCCGCUGUAAUUGAAGGAUUUGCUCGCGUUGGUGAUAGCUCAAGUGGCUUAGAAUGGCUCAAGCGCACUGCCAAGACAGCAAUGGAAGGCUCCCAGAUUCCACAUCCACCAGUUUCAUCCUUCUACUUUAUUAUGACGUCUUUGUUAAAGGAAGCCAAGUUUGACGAAGCUGUAGCCACCCACGAGCUUCUUAAAGAGUGUCAAAAUUUAUACACGAUGGACCCAACGGGUGUUGAGUUGAACACCUUUAGUGAGAAUGUAAUGGAAGCUAUAAUCACCAAACCUGAACAAACAGAACAAGUCAUUGAAUUUGCCAACCAAGUUCUCCGUCAGCAAAUGAUUGAAAAGUCUUCUAAAGGCAUUUAUUACCCUGCAAUUCAAACUCUCAUCUAUACUUGUGCAUCUUUCGGUCGCUUCGAUUUAGCCAUGGGAUUGUUCAUUCAAUGGGCUCAAGCUGGCAAGAUUCAGUUUGUUGAUCAAGGUCAUCUUACUGGUAGACGUAUCUGGCAUAAAUACAUAGCUGUGGUAGUGAAUCUUGUCAUCAAAACACCAAAUAUCUCUCUUCAGCAGAUGUUCGACGCGUUCCGUAUGGCCUAUGACAACAAUGUUGUCUGCUCGGUUGAAACUCUAAAACUCAUCCUUGAAAAAGUUAAACAAGCUCGAGUAGACUGUGAAGGCGACUUUAAGUUGAUCAAUCUCACCCUCGAGCAAUGGAAGAUGUACACUACCGUAUGGUUGCAGUCUGCCAAGAACGAAAUUAAUAACGAAAGUCAAGGAUUUGUCAACGCAGAGUCAGCUGAGCAGUUUGUUGCUGAUAUUAUCAACACAUUUGGCAAAAAUGCAGAAGAUGUAGGCAGAGUUAUCAAUGUCAAUGAUCUUGGUUUCGUGUUAUCCAAAAUGCUGGACUACAAAGCUUCAGCAGAACUCAUUGAGGGUCUUGGUUACAGAUUUAACGGUGCAGAAAGCUACACAAGUGGGUACGUACCAGCUGAUAAAAUGCAAACGGAGCAGGCUGUCGCAAUGUCGUACCCAUCAUUUGAUUCCAGUGAUGCAUCACUCGACCAAACUCCACCGACAACGCCAGGAUCAGUCGAGCCUGAAUAUGUCUUCGAUGAUGAAUUAUCUGAACUCGUCAGCAGGCAUGACUACCGCAGGAAUAUGGGUAUAUCUCCUUCAGACUGUUAUAAGACUUUGAUGGAUGGUGUAUCCAAUGGUUUGACUGCUUCGAUCAGUGCUCUUGCCGGUCUUGCUAAUGCUCUUGGAAGGAUUGGUGAAACUGACAAAGCCAAGAAGGUAUAUACGCAUGCCUACGAAGUCCUUCAACUCCUUACUAGUGUGGAAGAGCGUUCAUCUGGCUGGUUUAGAUUGGAAGAUGCCAUGAUUUCUGGUCUCGGACAUGGCGGAGAUAUUGAGGGAGCUACUCAACACCGCUUACGUAUCAUUCAGGCUGGAGGUGCACCAUCAGCGGACUCUUAUGCUGCGUGCAUUAACAACGUCAAGGAAACGACUGAUGACGCUACACUCGCAAAGGAAUUGUGGGAAGAGUCGAGAAAGUUUGGUGUUAAAUCCAACACUUUCUUGUUCAACUCUAUCAUAUCUAAACUGAGUAAAGCAAGAAAGGCACACGAAGCUCUUGAGAUAUUGGACCAAAUGAUGGCAGAGCGUGUGAGACCAUCAAGUGUUACUUACGGUGCAAUAAUCAACGCAUGCACACGUAUUGGAGAUGAGCAGUCAGCCAUUAAUUUCUUCAAUACUAUGGUCAAGCAGAGCAAAGGUCAGCUUAGAGUACCGCCAUUCAACACUAUGAUACAAUUUUACACGCAAACGAAGCCAAAUAGAGAUCGCGCUUUGUACUACUACGGGGAAAUGUUGGCUUGUCGUGUUGCACCUUCAGCACAUACGUACAAGCUCCUUCUAGACGCUUAUGGAUCAAUUGAACCCGUAGACAAGGGUAGUCUGUACAAGGUUUUCGAAACUGUCGUCAACGAUCCACGUGUUAAAGUGUCUGACACACAUUGGGCAUCGCUUAUUCAUUCCGCUGGAUGCAUUGAGAAGGAUGUCGAUGGAGCUGUUGAGAUAUUCGAUAGUAUAGAGACGCAUCCUUCUAAUAGACAGGGAGAGCUUCCAGAUGCGAUAGUAUAUGAAUCAUUGUUGAAUGUCUUUGUUGAGAACCAACGUCAAGAUCUUAUACCAAAGUUGUUAGAAUCAAUCAAAGCUUCAAACAUACACCAGACCGCCUACAUAUCGAAUCUAUUGAUUAGAGGAUACGCAUCGAGUGGAGACAUGAGCAAGUCUCGGGAGGUGUUUGAAGCAAUGGUAGACCCACCAAUGGGAGCAGCAGCGAAUGGCAACCAUCCAAAUGACUUGGAUAGCAUUGAUAGCGCUGUUGUAUUCCGUGAACCAUCAACAUGGACAGAAAUGAUCAAGGCUGAGUUAGAAGCUAAAUCGGUAACGAAUGCGAAGAAGCUGAUUUCAAGAAUGGAAGAAAGGAUGUAUCCCUUAGCCGUUACUAGCAAGAUUGCUAGCCUUAUUGUAUAA